UUUUCUGAUUUGUACUUUUUUUUGUACUUCAAAGCCACCAUAGUAGGCUCACAAAUAUUAAUUAAGCAUUAUAAGUCUGUGUUCAACAAAUCAGUUAAUUCAAAUUUCUCACUAACACAAAAAGACAAUCGCAAGUUGACGCCACCUACUGUAAGGUGUAACCUGCAGAAAAAGUCAAAGAACAAAUAAAUGAAUUAGUUUGAAAAAACUUUUUAGUGAAAGGAUUUAUAGAUUCAAGUCACAAUUGUUAGAGUACAGAUUUUUGUAAAUGUUGAGAUUUUUUUUUAAGGGGAAAAAGACUAGGAGCUCAUAUCUAGCACUAUCAAUAAAUCACAGUGUUGGUCAGUUAUACCUCGAAAAUCCUGUAAAACCACAACAAGAUAGGCUAUAUCAACACUAGGCUACCAAACUUCAAGACUUUUUAACUUCAUUUACCUAUGCCAGCCUAUUCUUCAGGGAAGGACUGAUUUAUUUUUCGUAAUGGACACUCAGUUGUAACGAGAUCAGGUGAAGGCACGUGCUGACUUUCCUUGCGGCUUUAGAAACACAGAUCAUUUACCUCGCCUCACAAUGGAUUAGGUUCACGAACAACACAAUGCACUACUAUCUGACCCUCUAUUACAGUAGUAAAUAAACACAAAGGAGGGUUAUUUGACAUCACUUCAUGGCAAAAAUCUAAAUGGCACAGAGCCACUGUCAACAGGGAAGUGUUAGAUUUUAUUACUACAUCCUAAUCCUCUUAGCCUUCUAAUUCCUCCCGACCGUGGUCUUGAGAUGCUGGAUGGAUGCAUGAUGGCUUAAUCUCUCGUAAGAAAAGGUACCUCCGCUUUGCCCUCCUGCGUUACUCGCAGCGUUUUGCCAUGGAGGAGCUACUGAUACCCGCAGAUGUCGAGGACGCGCCGCCCGAGUCUGCAACCUUCUUCUCUCCGGCGGGACCUGCUAAAACCUCGCUGGAGAGAAUGAAGGACUGCAUGGCCAGCACGUUCUCAGUCAAUGUCAGGGAGUAUGUGAAGAACUACAUAAGGCGAAACGGGUUGCUGACGCUCUCGGUACUAGCUGUAAUCACAGGAUGCGUCCUGGGCUUCAUGCUGAGGGGCCUGGCUCUCUCCACACAGGCAAAAAUCUAUUUUUCCUUCCCUGGUGAGCUGCUCAUGCGGAUACUUAAAAUGUUGAUUCUCCCCUAAUCACCUCCAGCUCUUACUGUCUCUAGUUUAAUGUCUGGACUGUCAUCAAUGGAGUCAAAGGCCUGCUGCAGGAUGGGGGUGCUAACAGUCACCUACUACCUUUGGACCACGUUCAUCGCUGUAGUGGUUGGCAUUGUACUUGUUCUAAUCAUCAAACCUGGCUAUGGGACAGAUGUGGAGAGCAACAGACUGGGGGGUGGACAGGUCAUAACAUCUGCUGAUGCCCUGCUUGAUCUGGUCAGGAAUAUGAUCCCCUCUAAUCUCAUUGAAGCCACAUUCCAGCAGUAUAAGACAGACCUUAUUCCCAUCAUAAAAACACCAGUGAACACUGGACGCCCAAAUUUUGUUUACUUGAUGCCUGAUGACGACAAUCCAAAGGGUCGAACGGUGCUGUUGGAACUCACGCCACCUCCAGACAUCGAGUAUAAGACCCGUCCAGGCAGCAGUCAGCAGAUGAAUGUACUCGGCAUUGUUAUUUUCUCAGCCACAAUGGGUCUCUUACUUGGUAAAAUGGGUGAACGGGGAGCUCCACUGGUGAAUGUUUGCCAGUGCAUCAAUGAAUGUGUGAUGAAGAUCAUUAAUGCGGCCGUAUGGUAUUUUCCUUUUGGGAUCAUCUUCCUCGUGGCUGGCAAAAUCCUGGACAUGAACGACCCCUCCACACUUGGGAAGAAGCUGGGCUGGUAUGGGGUGACGGUCCUUGCAGGCCUGUUUGUGCAUGGCCUCAUCUUGCUUCCAUUCUUCUAUUUCAUUCUGACACGGAAAAAUCCUUUCACAUACAUCAGAGGGCUUCUGCAAGCCAUGGUCAUUGCCCUAGCCACAUCAUCCAGUUCAGCAACACUGCCCAUUACAAUGAAAUGUUUGCUAGAGAACUGCCGAGUGGACAGGCAGAUUGCCCGGUUUGUUCUGCCAGUGGGAGCCACUAUUAACAUGGAUGGAACAGCGCUUUAUGAAGCAGUUGCUGCUAUUUUCAUUGCCCAGGUCAAUGAGUAUGAACUGGAUUUCGGACAGCUGGUCACCAUCAGUAUAACAGCGACCGCUGCCAGUAUAGGUGCUGCUGGAAUCCCUCAGGCAGGCCUUGUAACCAUGGUGAUAGUGUUGACAUCUGUUGGAUUGCCACCGGAUGACAUUACACUGAUUGUGGCCAUUGAUUGGAUCUUAGAUCGCUUUCGAACAAUGAUCAACGUACUAGGAGAUGCUCUGGCAGCUGGAAUCAUUGGCCACUUGUGUCGAAAAGACUUUCCACCUGACAGAGCGGAAAAAGCAAAUGGAGCUGCACAGGACCCCCAGACUGCUCAUAACAUGGAGAAUGUGCCUUUGACUGAAGUACCACUGCUGGCCGGCAAAGACUGUAUAUUUGAGGUGGUUGGGGACACUGUUUUUGAACGGCCCACAGUCUACUACAAUAUAUGUCAAGUCUGAAUCACCAGAUGGUUGCCUUACAGAUAUCAAAAAACAUCUUUUGGAGCUAUGUUUCUAUCACUGUGCCAAAAAGAAGUACUGAACGAACACCUUCUCUGGUUCUUCCAUCUCCAGGCUUUUGUUAUUGACUACAGUUUCACGAGUUCACACUUACAAAUAAUCAGAUAGAGUAAAAGAGUAGGUGUAUUUGGCUGAUGGGAGGACUCCAAGCUCGGAAUUUGGCCCGAACCUAGAGUACUCCGCUAUAUCCCUGGCAGGGAUAGGAACCAGCCAAUAGUGAGGAGUCAGGGUGGCGGAGGGAUGCAAGAAAACUGUCAAGGA